CGUUUUAAUUUUGUAGUUAUGAGUUUCGCCGUGCGUCGCGCUAGCAGUAACGCUAGCAGACAGAACUCGUCUCCGACGCACGACGCCAUUACUAUCCAGCCUAGUUGAUAAGUCUCGUUUGGUCACCGAGUACCUUCUAUCUACCACAAUGAGUAAGAUCGUGCAGAGGGGUGCUUCAGCUGCAAUGCGAGUACGUUCCAUGAGCUCGCUCCCUGAGAAGAAGCUUACACCAGAGCAGAUGGCAGAUUGGGGGCGUAAAGUCAAUCCAGCUCAAACUGAGUUUGGACCUAAGCCCGAAAACUUGGAGAAGUGGCAGAAAUUUUUCCAGGAUCCUCUCAACUGUGAAAAGCCCGUUUUUGCCAGGAAAGGUGCCUCCGAUGAAAUUAUAGUAUCAGUUAUAACUGCUAUUGUUGCUGGCGGAUUCAUCUAUAACUGUUAUGACUUUAUUGCCAACUAAAGAUUCCUGAAUGUAGUAUUUAAAUAAACACUUACCUUUAAAAA